AUGAAUAAAAAAAUAAUUAAAAGGAUUAAUCUUUAAUCUGCACCAGAAAUAAUCAGAGCAAGAUAGAAGCCACAUACUCAUUUAGAAAUAGAAACUUUGGUAAUGCAAGAUAUGCGAAAGAAAAUAUUGAAUGAUGAAAUGAAUACAAUAUAAUUUUAUGAUAUAGUGAAACCAGAUUAGGAUGAAAUGAUAGCUUCUUUAAAGGACAGUUCAAAGAAACCUAUUAAAUUACAUAAACGAGUAUACAGAACAGAUUUAGAAAAUAAAUUAAGAGUUAGAUUAUAGAAUGAGCCAGGUUCUAAGUUAUUGUUACAAGAAAUGUAAUAAAUUUAAGAUUAUUUGUGAGUUACGAGAAAUUCGGAGAAGAUCCUGGAAAUUAUUCAACUACUAUUAAUAAGAAAUCUCAUUAAGAAGAAUAUUUUAAAACUGAUUUGUAAUAUAAACCAGAAAGUGAUGAUCAGUUAGUUGCAAAUCUAGAAACAUGGUAUAAAGGAAUUAAGAGAAAAUGGAAAGAGUAAUAAGAUAAAUUGAAACAAGAAUAAGAAAAAGAAAGUAUUCAAAUCUUUUAAUUUAUAUAGGAUUAUCUAAAUUAUAAAUCUAACAAAGAACAUAAUCUCUAUAGUAAUUUAGAAGAGGAGGUUUCAAUGAAAAAUAAAAAGAAUUAUAAACUACAUAAACAUUUCCAAAAUUAACUAUAGAUUCAACUCAAAUAGAAAAUGAAUAAAGCUCUUUUAAGUAAAAGUUAUUAAAUUCUUUGUCAAAAAUAUCUGCUAUUAAAAAAGUUGAGAUGCUUCAUUAAGAUCAUUCUAUAGCAAAAUAACUGGAUAAAUAUUUAUAAUAAGGAUCCACCUUAACAUAAUAAGAAUUGGCAUAAAUAGAAUAAGCAAAAGCAAAAUAAUGCGGAUAGAAUCAUCAUGAUGGAACUCUAAUUUUUGAUUAUACUGUUGAAGGAUUAAAGAGUAGUUUACAUACCAUGAUUAAAAUGCAAUUAACAUCCUUUUAAAAUGCAACAGAAAGAGCCAUAUUUUAUGAAAAAUAAACUAAUUAAAUUUUAUUGCGAAUCAAUGAAAAACUUGAUAAAUAAAAAUAAACAGUCAAAAUUAAUGAAUAAGAUUUAGAAUCAUUAAGAAUCGAAAAUCAUUAAAUUCAUUAAAAAAUAAGGGAUAUCUCAGAUUUUGUAUUUUUAUUUUUAUUUAUUUUAGAUAAAAGAAAGGUAAGAGGAACUUAAAGGAAUCAAUAAAAAGCCAUAAUAAUAAAACAACUAAUCUACUAGUUAAGUUGACAAUUAUAUGGUUAUUGCUGUUAGAUAGAAUGAAUUAGAAAGUUAAAUCGAAUAAAUGAAAGAAAGUUAUUACAAAUUUCAUGAAUAAAUGAAACUAAAUUCAGUUCAAAUUGAAAAAUUAGAAUAGGAAAACUCUAAACUGAAUAAGAAUAACAAAGCACUUCAUAAAUCUAUUUAAGGAUUCUUAUUGGAACUUCUUAAAAUAGGAUUAGAUUGCCGAUCAUAAGGUUUAUCUUGGAUAAUAAAGGCCAUAUGGGAUUCAGGUGAAAAAAUUUCAGAUUCAAAUUUUCCACCUUUUUUAGAUAGUAAAGCAAGAGAUUUUCUAUUGCUUAAAACUAAAAAAACUAUUGAAUUAAAUGAUCUUUUUACAAAAGCUCAUUAAUUUUUUAGUAAUUAUAAGGAAACUUCUAUUGAAACAGGAAAUAAUUCAAUUGCUUCAUUAUUAUCUAAAAAUCAUUUCUCUCAAAUUGAUUCAAUUGAAAUAAAAAAAUAACAUCUUAAUUAGAUAAAACAGCAAUAAUAAAAUAAUGUAGCAUUGUUAGUAGAAGGGUUGAGUCCUACCGAAAAUAAAUUAAUUGAGAAAACAUUUUCUCAAAUAUUCUCAAGCAAAUAAACUCUUAAUGAUAUUAUAUAUUUAGAGGCAUCAAGAAAGAUUUAAAAAAUGUUCAAACAGGAAUAAGUUUAAGAAUAAUCGAUUGUUUUUACAGAGAUAAACAAUUUUGAGAAAGAUAGAUUGAUAAAGGAAUACUAACAAAUAUAAAGAGAGAUUUAAAUGAAAGAAAUAUAGUUUCGUAAAUUUGAAGAGACAGAGUUAUAGAGAUUAAUGAAAGAGAUUGAAUAUAAGAACUAUUUGGCAAGGUUAGAAAGUUGAUAUUUAAUAGAUUUAAUAUUGAAGGGUUGUAAUUGUUAGGUGCUUAAUUUGGAUAUGGAUAGGGAGAGAGUUUUUUGAUUAAAUAUGGUAUGUUACAUAAAAUGUUUAAUAAUUGA